UGCAUGUUCAGCCCUGCCCAUCCCGAGCUCACCUCACACUUGCGUGCAGCCGCGGUGCGCGCUGAUCGCUCCUCUCCUCUUCAGUGUGGAUCCCUGCACUUCUGUGGAUUCUUUCCCGUGGAUUUUCACUCAGCCUGUCCUUCACCUCCUCCUAGUGUCUGUACUAGGCAAUAAAAAUACAAAGAUCUAGACAGGAAAAUUCUGAAACCGCAGGAAAUCCUUUCUGAUUGAAUCAAAAGGAAAGUGUUUUUCCUUCGGCUUCUGUGCCAGUCGAGACAGAGGAAUGCCCAACCACAAGACUUUUUAAGCCUUCUGCCUGAUUAACUGUGAACGUCAGGUGAAGGUGCCGACAGGAGUCUUCUUCGUGCUGCUCACCCUUCUUCAGCUCCAUCUGCUGUGCCUCAAUCUGCAGGAAUGGUUUCCAGAUUCAGCCAGUAUCUCAGAAACGCCGUCAUCAGCGAGCACUACAACUACACCGGCAAACUAAAGGAGGACAAGUACAAGGAGGGACUCAAACCUGAAGCCAUCGCUUUCCUGCUGGUCUGCCUGCUCAUUGUGGUAGAAAAUGCCAUCGUGCUUGUGGCCCUCUGGAAGAACAAGAAGUUCCAUGUGCCCAUGUACUACUUGCUGGGCAAUUUGACUCUCUCUGACAUGCUGGCAGGCCUGACCUACAUGGCGAACAUUAUGACGUCUGGACACAUCACCUUAAAAAUGACCCCCAUUCUAUAUUUCCUUCGAGAGGGUGGUGUGUUCAUCACGUUGGCUGCGUCUGUGAUCAGCCUGCUGGCCAUCGCCAUAGAGCGCCAUGUCACCAUGGUGAGGAUGAAGCCGUACCAGGGGGACAAACAGGGCCGGAUGUGCGCCCUCAUUGUUGGCAGCUGGAUGCUUUCUGUGUUCCUGGGCAUCCUGCCUGUUCUGGGGUGGAACUGCAUCGGGCGGCUGGAGCAGUGCUCCACCGUUCUUCCACUCUACGCCAAAAGCUACAUCCUCUUUUGCAUCACUGUCUUCAGCGCCAUCCUCAUGUCCAUCAUUGUGCUCUAUGUUCGUAUCUUCCGCAUCGUCAAGUCUAACACCCAGCGCCUGGCCUCUGUCCCGCAGCGGAAAGGAUUCUACAGGAGGUCGCAGAAGUAUAUGGCACUGCUGAAAACAGUCACCAUCGUCCUGGGAGUCUUCAUCGCCUGCUGGCUGCCCUUAUUCAUCCUCUUCCUGUUGGACUUUUCCUGUGCAGUUAAACUCUGCAAAAUCCUCUUCAAGGCAGAAUACUUCCUGGGAAUCGCGUUGAUCAACUCCCUGCUCAACCCCAUCAUCUACACUCUGACCAGCAAGGACAUGAGGAAGGCCAUCAUCAGGCUACUCUGCCAGCCCUGCCUCAUCACCGAAAACGGGCAGGUCCGAAAGAUCGGGGUGCAUUUCCUCGACUGCAGCACCACAAAGAUGGAGGGCACCUCACACAGACUGGAAGGACUGGAGACCACAGUGUCCUCGGGUAACUUCACACACUCAGUCAUCAAACCUAUUUACCCCCAAAUUUGCAGGACGUGACAAGCUGGGUCACCUUUGGACUACAAAUAUGCACUCCAGCUGAGAAACUGAACGUCAUGGGACAUGAGCAAAAGUUUGGUUUUGCACUUUGAAACAAUCCAGAUGAUCGUCCUUCAAAGACAAAUCAGUGUUUGGGACUGGUUGGGAGAAAAUCUCAUGAAGCAUUCAUUUGUUUAAACUGUCUUUUGGGAAAAAUAUCAUUUUUAGAGUCUCAGACAAGACCAGUAUUAUGAAGAGAAAGAAUGGUAUUUUCCUUCUAUAAAGAGGAUUGAAUGAAGACGUUAGUUUACAUGUGCAUGUGGGGAUAACCCAGGCAUUACAUGGCCGACUGCUUCUGUAGCAUAAACAGUAUAAUGACACGUUACAAAGAAGACAGAUCCACGCCCAGAUGUAAUGUCUACCAUGUGAGUUUCUGGACAUCAGAGACCCACUGAAGGUGUCAGAUCCUCUGCAGCUUUGGAGGUCCCACAUGCAGCUUAGAAUGAUGAGCGCAGGCUUAAGUUUAGCUGAAAAGGGACCAUCGUUAGCAACACUUUAUAGAGCCGGGUCGCCUUUUAUCCUGUGAAAUAAAGUGUUUUCUUGUGAAAAAGCACAGAAGUGUCUCACAAAAAACACGAAUGUGCCAGACAUCACAGACCAUCUCAUUCAUGUCGAUGGUGUGGCCGCCUUUUAUAUAUAUAUGUAAUGUAAAAAAAAAAUUAAAUAUUUUUACUUUGUUUCUUCUGUAAAGUUUUUACAUAAGUUAUAAAAUUUUAAAUGAGCACUGAAUAAACAUAUCUGAAUGUUUUUUA